UAUCUGGGUUACACUCUGUUGAUGUGCAUACCUGAAACCUGUCCUACCGUGCACAUUAGUCUGACACUUUAGAGUCUUAUUAAUACUGUUUAUCUGAGAAACUGAAUUAAUUAAGAGCUUUGGCAUUGUUUUGCAGCCAUCUAUUUACAAAUUGGGCUCUGUGGUUUUCAACAGGACUUCCAAAAUUUCCCCUUUACACUAAGGUAUAGUAGAGGACAUUUAACCCUCCUCUUAAGAAGUAUUGUUGACAACGUAGGUUAAUAUUCAUAUAGCAAUAACUUUUUUUGUUUUCCAUAGUUUACUAGAUAUAAAAAAAUGCUCAAAAAUGUUAGUUGAGAUAUGGGAAGGUACAAACUGGCUAAGGGAUUUGUAUUGAUCCUUACUGUUGUGUUGGUCUUGUAUGGCACUUCAUUUAUUACUUCAUAUAAUCAAAAAUAUAGGCGACAAUGGCUUGCUCAGAGAGAAGAAUAUGGAAAAUACACAGGUCACAUGGUAGAGGAACAAAAAGAGAGCUUUAUCAUUACAGACGAAUAUAUAGUAAACAUGGAAAAACAUCUUCAAACGAUUCUACAGGAUUAUGAAAAGGACAGGCAGCUGGAUUUAAGAAUUUCUCUAGAAACGAGGAAGCCUUCAACUUUCCAGCGUAACAUUUCUGUACAAUUAACAGAAUCUCCUGAAGUUUUUCCUAGAGAAUAUGAAGACCCAAUAUAUUUUCAAAGGAAAACAAUCAAGACCAGGAAAAGAACAUCAGUCUCUGUGCCUGGCACAUUGAAUGUUCAUAUCUGGGAGGGAUGGUGUGGCUCGCGAAUUGAAGAUUUAAAAAGAAACCGACAUUUUCCAUUGUAUCCCAGUGUAAAAGCCAAUCUUACACGUUUUUUUGCACAGUGGUUUGAAACUGGAUAUGGUGAAAGAAUAUUCGGUUAUUUGCACCCUCCUGAGACUGGAAACUACACAUUUGCAGUAUCUUGUGAUGACAACUGCGAAGUAUGGUUAAGCAACUCGUCCUCGCCUAAAGAUAUUAAACAGAUUGUUUCUGUUGGCACAGCCAAAAGACCUGCCAAUACAAGGGUGGCUGACUUUAAGCAGUUCAAAUCACAGAUAUCAAAGCAAAUAUACAUGGUUAAAGGAGAGGCGUACUACAUAGAGGCUUUGCACAAGCAAGCUGCAAAUAAAGAUCAUAUAUUAUUAACUUGGUUAGCACCAUCCUGGCCACGGAUUCGAACAAUCUCUUCAGAAUACGUUUCUAGCUACAUAUCCGAUGUGGACUGCAGCAAUGAUGUUAAUGAAUAUGCACGUUGCAUUCCUGAAACUAAAGCGUGUGAUCUCAAUUCUUCAGCAAUGGAUGAAAAUACUAUAUAUUGGUUCAACCGAUCAAGAUUUCAGUUUGGUAUUGAAGACGUUCGUGAUAGAUUUCAUUAUCAUGUUCUGCAUGACAAUUUUGAUGACAUUUUGACUGAGAUUGACUACAAACCAAGUUAUAAAGUAGAAUUCAUACCAAAACGAUACGAAGGUGUGAAGUUUAUCCAUGAAAUUUCUGUUUAUCCAAAUGACCACACAGAACUAACUCACAUGACGCAAUAUGAGUACUGUGAGCAACAUCGGUUUUUUGAUUCCCAUUAUAAAAUGCUACGCACAACUGUACGACCAACGACAUUCAUACCCUGGGAAAAAAUUAUUAAAGAACAAAAUAAAAAGAAAAAGCAUUCUUAUAAAAUUUAUACAAGCAGCAAUAGUUUACCUAAUAUUAACCAUAGGGAAGAAAAACGAAAUAAAACAGAAAAAAGUAGUAAAAAUUAUUAUCAUAUAUAUUUAAAUCAUUUUAAACCAAGCGAGAAUAUCUUACAGCGCAUGACAAGUAGUUAUACAGGAAAUAAUGUUAAAAGACAAAAAGGUGGUUUAAGAGAGAAUGCUUAUUUGCCCAGUCUUUCUGUAGUGAACGAAGAUAAUGUUGAUAAAGCUUCACUUCAAGAAACAAAACCUUAUGAAAACACCAAAAAAAAUAAGUUUAUCAAAGACCAACACAAGAAUAUGAUUGGAGCAAAAGGUGAAGGAAAGGGAUAUGUCAGGCUUGGAAGAAAACUAUUUAGUCUCAAGUCAAAUCAUAGCAAUCCCAAAAACUCUGAUAUUUUAAACCAACCACAUUCUUAUCUAGGACAUGGUGCAGAAUAUCCAAAAGCAAAAAGUGUUUUGGGAAACAUGCCUUACAGUGAAAUCUUUAAGAACAUCCCAGUACUAAAAAAAUAUUUAAGUAACAAAGAAAUAAUGAAUGACAAGUCCAGUCCUGUGGAUAACAGUGCCCAUACCGAUUCUAAUAAACCAUGGCGCAUUUUAAGAAGUUCCCAUUCAAAAAAAGAAACUCCACUUUUCGAAGACGAAGGUUUACCUGUUAAUGCACUGGAAAAUUACAAAAGAAAGAAUCCUAUUUAUAUACCGAACACUUUGUCUGACCGUUUAAUUGAACUUCAAAAUAAACUAGCACAUCGUAACUCAAUCAAUCCAAAUCGAUAUCGAAAGAAUAUUUAUACAGGUUCUUAUGCCGGUGACAGACAUAGAAGGCCAGUUAGCCUCGGUGGUCGUAUUCCACCUAAAUUGACACGAAAAAUCUAUUUUUUAAAUGGUAAAGCAAGCAUGGCAAAUGUCAGCCUAGCACAUAAUGCGCAGAUGAUACGGUUGUACGACAUAUUUGGACCAGCUAUAUAUUAUCUUGGCCAGUCCCGCAAAAGAGAAUUUUCGUGGAUCUACAACUCGUUUUUAUCUGACUGCAAAUCAGAUGGAAAUGUCCAACUUUCUGAAAAUGUCGCUAAAUCCAUUGUAAACAAAUAUGUGAAAGCUAUACAGAAGAAACAUGGCAGGCAGUAUACAUUGAAAAGAAUAGUGAAUGUGGAAGAAAAUCAUGACGUUUUAAAAGGAAACCGCUACCUAAUAGAACUAGAAUUGUGUAUUAAAAGUCAAAACAAUGAAGAUAAAAUAAUUCAGUUAUCAAAAUAUGUCUACCAAGAUAUUUCGUUUGGAGAGCUAUACUACCCCAAAGGUUUUCAGUGGAAUCCACAUGCGACAGUGCAUAUUAUUGUUCCAGUAAAAGACCAGGGACGAUGGGUCCAACAUUUUAUCGACAAUAUGGAAGAGAUUGCGCUUGAAAGAAACGAUCCACACGUCAAUGUCAUCAUUGUCGAUUUUAACAGUUCCGAUAUUGACAUCGAAAGGAGUUUAAAACAAAGCAAAUUAAAAAGGUUCGAAGUUAUUCGUUUACAUGGUCCUUUCCAGCGCGCUCUGGGUAUACAAGCUGGAGCCGAUGCUGUUAAGAAUCCUGAGGAUAUUAUCUUUACAUGUGAUCUCCAUUUGGUGAUUCCCUCACAAUUAAUUGACAGUAUUAGGAAGCACACUAUUAAAGGUAAGAUGGCCUUUGCUCCCAUGGUUCAUCGCUUGAGCUGUGGCUAUACACCAGAACUUCCUUAUGGCUUAUGGGAAAUUCAAGGUUAUGGUUUGUUUGCUAUUUCAAAAUUUGACUAUGAUCGCAUUGGUGGUAUGAAUACUAAAGAAUUUAAAACGAAAUGGGGUGGCGAAGAUUGGGAAUUUUUAGAUAGGACGUUAGCCCAUGGUUUAGAAGUGGAGCGUCUUCGAAUACCAAAAUUUUAUCAUUAUUAUCAUUCAAAAAAAGGCAUGUGGAUUACGCCAUCUGUUUCAUCGUUGAAACAGGAAUAUAACUUAUAAGGAACACCACCUCCAACGAUUCAGUUUCAAUAUGAAAUUGUUUGUAGGCCCAAAAGGGUAGGGUGAUCAGAAACCAUCCAUUAAACCAUCCAGGGGGGAGGGACUUGUGAAAAGGGAGUACAAAGAGACUUCCUUUUUGUUGCGUUUGACGCAUCGCUCGCUACCUUUUUUUCUUUCAUGAGACAACAUAAAUUAAUCAUCUACUUUGUAAUAUGAGGAAGUAUAAACGUAUCACUCUUUUUUUUCGAACAGUAUGCAUUUAAUCUCCUUUAUUCGUUAUCAGUAGAAACGUCAUGUGGCUGUGAAUACAAAAUAUGAGUAGAAAUAAAUGGAACUUGUUACAACGGUAUUAUUUUAAGCUUUUAAGUUUUUAUUAUUUAAAAAAGAUAAAAUGUAAUAAUUUUUUAGGCUUUUUUUAAAUUUAUCUUCGACGUUUCGAAUUAUCGCUUUUAUUGAAAUUAGUAUUUGUAAUAUAUUUAUUUCAACACAUAUAUACAGAUGAUGUUUCGCUCAUGUCAACACUAUCUUGAAAUUACAAGAUAAAGUAACAUAUCAUAAGUUUUUUUGAGUUUUUAGGUUCAUGCAUACAAAACAAGGCUUUCUUAAGCCUCGAAAGCUCUAAAUUCAGUCUAAAAUUUUGACCAAGUGAUAGCUUAAUCGUUCUUAUAUGAUUUGUUCUUUUGGGAAGAAACUAUGUUUUAUGCUUAGAGGAAAAUAUGAGACUAAUAGAGAAGGCGAAACCUAAACUUGCAAUAAUAUUUUAAAGGCUUUUUGAAUUCCUUCCAAUAAUACCAUUUAUUUAUUUAAUGCAGAAU